AUGAUGGCAACAGCUGACGAGUGCACUAGCUGCAAUGAUGCGAGAGAGACCAAGCGCGCUUGCAGACAGGCUGGCGGUACUAUGAGCGGCAGUACUUGUCAUACAGAGAGGGCUUCGGAUUUCCUUAACAAGGAUGAGGAGUUCGGCUAG